CCUCAUUUGGGGUAAUUCGGGACAUUUGAUAGGAGCUCUCUGGAAAUUGAUGAGUACUAAUUAAUCUUAUUGAACUUUAACAAGAUUUUUACAUUAGUAGAUAGAGAAAUGUUCGGUCUAUCCACCUGCGAAAUGUCGUUUUUCCCCCGAGUAAAAAUGCUUCAGGUAUGCUCAAAAUACUGUGAAAAUUAGAGAGGCUAUCUCGAAUUACCCCAACCUACUCUAUGCAUAUCUAUCAAACAAUCUCUUGUAUCACUUAGUAAAAAAAAAAGAACAUGUUUUUAUUUUUGGUCAUAUUUCUCUCGUUUUAGUGGCACACAUCAUAAUAAAACAUGUGGUGGUAGUGCAUUUGAUAUUAAAAAGAUAUGGCAUGAAACAUCAGAAUUUUAUACUGUUAAUUUAAAACAUUUAUUUCCCACAUCGUUACAAGUAAACUUACAUUAUCAAAACAAAAGACCGUUUAUAAAUUUGAACGGUGGAUGGGGAGACUUGAGAGAUAAACAAUUGUGUUUAAGUUUUGCAUUCAAAGAUGAAAAAGUUCAAAAAAUUAAAACUUCAUCGAUAAUCCAGAGUUAG